AUGGCUGUUGAGAGCCCAAACCUGCCCCCUGAAGGUGGACUCACCGGAUGGUUGACAGUAUUAGGCGGUUUCUUUAUUACGUUCUGUAGCUUUGGUACGGCGCAGUCUUUCGGCGUGUAUCAGGACUACUAUGCGCAAACCCUAUUACCGAACUACUCAUUAUCCGACAUUAGCUGGAUUGGUUCUGCCCAAUUAUUCUUCUUGUUUUUUACCGGUCUUCCUGCCGGAAAGCUCUUUGAUACAGGGCACUUCCGCGAGUGCCUAGUGUUUGGAUGUCUCCUAUUUGUCUUUUCGACGUUCAUGCUCUCCCUCGUCCAACAAUCACAGUAUUACCAAGUCUUCUUAGCUCAAGCCAUGGGUACUGGAAUUGCAAGCGGGUUUAUGUUUGCACCAGCAUUGAGUGUGGUUUCCCACUACUUUACUCGCAGGCGCUCCCUAGCCAUGGGGAUUGUGAUGUCAGGGUCAUGUUUGGGGGCAAUCAUAUACCCGAUCAUGCUUAACAACCUCUUCAAUGGAAAAGUUGGCUUUGCAUGGGGUGUGAGGGCGACCGCUUUCAUGGAUAUUGGUCUAUUAGCAUUUGCAAACGUGAUCAUGAAAGCAAAGCCGAAGUCUAGUAAACGGCCGGGGCUGGAGCAGGAUGGUUUUGGAGCCAUCAUGCGCGAUGUGCCUUAUUGGUUGAACACAUUGGGCUGCGGCUGUAUGUUCAUUGGUGUUUUUGUUCCAGUAUUUUACAUUCAGCUGUUUACUCAAAUGCACGGUCUUUCUCCAAGUUUAUCAUUUUACACUAUAUCCAUCUUGAAUGCUGCUUCGUUGUUUGGCCGAAUACUCCCAAAUUUUGUUGCGGACAUGUAUGUCCUUAUUGUGUGCACAGCAUUGACAGGUGCAUUGACAUUUGUGAUGCUUGCAGCAACAACUGUCGCGGGCGCAGUUGUUUUCACUUUGCUCUACGGAUUCUUCUCUGGUUCAAGCAUCUCCCUCGCGACCCCAGCAGCAGCCAGCUUCAGUAAGAGUUUGGGCGAAGUUGGUGUUAGAAUUGGGUUAGGAACACUAGUUGCAGGAGUUGCAUCCCUCAUAGGCCCUCCGAUAGCAGGCGCGUUGGUUCAAAGUCAUGGCUCAUAUCAAUGGUACCGUCCAGUUGUGUUUGCUGCGGUUAGUUGUGUUUUAUUAGUGUGCUAG